CCACUUGCCAGAUUUGAAAAACAUUCGAUUUUUAUUAAAUUUAUUCUGUUUAAAGUUGUUUGUUACUCGCAAGUCGCAGCCUACAGGUUUUGUUUAAAUUUUACUGUUUUUUCUUAAACCUGGUGUUGUUUUUUUUUAUUUUCAGUUCUCGCAUAUUGUAAAUCACAUAGUGGCACCACUGAGUUACGCUGAUAGUACUCGCAGCAGCAGGACAGAACGUGCUUUGUACCAAGCGUUGAGACUGGGAUACGACUACGAGAACGAAGAACUGGCGUAAAGCCUAAAGAGCCACGUGCAAGGGAAAUUUAGAAAUCCUUUCCACAUCUCUGGAAAGAAAUGACCGCGGUGAGCAGAGAUGACUUGGCUUUUGGCGCAAAAUUAGCGGAGCAAGCAGAACGUUAUGACGAAAUGGUGAGUUAUACCAAGGAUCUGGUAACGGCCGCGCCCAUCAACUCCGAACUGGCACCAGAAGAGCGCAAUUUAUUGUCGGUGGCAUAUAAAAAUGUCACCGGUGCACGCCGCGCAUCGUGGAGAAUUUUGCACAGUUUGGAAAGCAAGGAAGAGGCCAAAAUCAAAGAGGGUUCACCGACGGCCAGUCCUCUGAAACUGGAGCAGACGAGAAAGCUUCGUCGGGAUGUGGAGAACGAAACGAAGCGUCUGUGUGACGAUAUUCUGGCGUUGUUGGACAAGUUUCUUAUUCCGCAGGCCGUCGAUAAAGAGUCGAAGGUUUUCUACUACAAAAUGAAAGGGGAUUAUUACCGAUACCUUGCGGAAUUUCUGACAUCUGAAAAGAAGGAGGUCUCGGCUGAAAAGAAAGAGGUUUGCGAAAACGCUCUACAGGCUUAUAAAGCCGCAAGCGACAUUGCAAUGGGCGAAUUGGCGCCCACACAUCCGGUGCGACUUGGGGUGGCUUUGAACUUCUCCGUCUUUUACUACGAAAUUUUGGGCAGCCCGCAGCGAGCUUAUCGUUUGGCAAAGACGGCGUUUGAUGAUGCGAUUGGGGAGCUGGACAAUUUGACGGAAGAGUCAUAUAAAGAUUCUGCGCUGAUUAUGCAGUUAUUGCGUGAUAAUUUUACCCUCUGGUCUUCCGAUAUUACCGAUGAUAAGGAGUUGAACGGAAUGCCGGAUACUGAUACUUAAGUCUUUCUGCGAUGUCCAUGGUGACGUCCAUAUAUUUCGUUUCAAGAGUUCCUUAUAUUAUCUGCAUUGAUCCAGUCAUGGAUGUGGUGGAUGAGGAUAGAAAGCAGUGGACUGUUGGUUGGCACUUGGCCAACAGGAAUUGGUGUGAAUUGGAGGAUUUCACUAUGCUUCUUCUUGAUUGUUUAAAUUUGUUUACCUGCAUUUGUGUUUUCUUUUUCAGGCUGCUGUUAUGAUUGUGAUCUUACUUUUUUUAACGCGGAUCUCUUUUAUUUAUGGAUUAAGUUAAGCUGUUGAAGGCAAUGUAGUCGAAUUUCUCGGUUUUAGUUUUUAUUGUUUUAAUUGCUUAAGAACUAUCGGUGAAUGAUGAACGAUAAAUGAUGCGAUCGCUUUAACCAAGCAGUUGUGACAGGU